AUGAGAUGUGCCUGCUCAAUGAGCUGUACCUCGAAGCUCGACAACUACGAUUUCACGCCCUUCCACGCUCAGAAGUGCUUCCGCCAUACAUGCGUUUAUGUAUUCGCGAUGGUGGCUCAGUCGGCAAUGGUUUUCAUGUUGGCCUUGGAUUUACUCUUCGCUGUGGUGAUACCGCUAAGGCAUCACGUGAUCUCCACAUUGCCGUAUGUCUUUUGUAUGUGUGUUCCACCGUUCUUGCUGGCCCUUGUUACUGUCAUCAGUUCGAUGAUUUUUAUGAACGAGGAGGAGAUUAGCUUCUGCACACCAAUCACAGCGAUGCCGCACGAAAUCGAAUGGUUGUCGUACGUCAUCAAUGUUUUGAACAUGGGCGUCAUAGUUGUACUUCUUUCCAUAGUCACGCUUUUUGGCAUGAAUAAGCGAAAUACGAACAAUAUGCUAUCAGUGAGAGGUCGACAGGAAGUGAGCAGAAGUCAGUCUCAGUCUUCGUCAUCCGAAGAAUUAAAGAUGAUGCGUGCAUUCAGCAUAAUGAUGAUGGUUUUCGUAUGUUCAUGGUGUUUGGCGGCGAUCACCACCCACAUAGCCCUUCGAUAUCUCCGAAAAGAGCUUUCACUAGUUGUUCAGACAUACACUGUAAUUAUCGCUCUUCCCACGUACUGCCAGUGCUACUUCGUCAGUUAUGUUCGUUCACCUCAUCAUCGUGCAGCAUAUCACAGACAGCUACGAAUUCUGUUUCCAUGUUUGUUUCGUAAUAAAUGA